AUGAGUUAUGUUUGGGGCGUGGCAUUUAGUAAGGACAUUGGUGCGGAAAAGACUCCACGCAGCAACAGCGCUCGUACCGUUUCCGCGGUUUAUGCGUUACUGGCCUUGAUCAUGGUGAAUACCUACUGUGCAAACCUCAUGGCCUUCUUACUUGAUGAUCCAUACAAACUGCCCAUCAGUGGUGUAGAAGAUGCCAAGGUAAGUGCCGUUUAUCGAACCUUGUUCAAUUGAGUAUGAAAAGCAUCAAGAAUUGUAAAGUGUUUGCUAGAACACGACCUCUAAUUGGUUCAGGGAGCUUGCCUCAUUAUCUCCACCGAUCAGAAGAAAAAUGUAUUUCAAACUUAAUCAAACUCAGAUUGCAUUUUAGUUACUAUUCAUUCCCGACGUUAGACACCAAACGACAUGAUUCCCGUUUAUGCCGGUUGCCGUUAUUCCAAUUGUACUUUUGUUGGCUCCUUGACUGUCCUGAUCAAAUUGGUUCUGCUAACUAACGCUCUAUCGAAAAGCAUUCGACUACUUUUCAAUUUUUAUGUGCAGCAAAAUGCAGCUACUCUGACAUUACAAAUACUGUAAUUUCAGCUUGCGUUAAAAAUAACCAUCACUAUUACCCAAGUUUAUGACAGACUGAAAUGAUGAAUUAGUUUUCCCAAAAGCGAGCGAGUUUAAACCACGAUCUUGCUGUGAGAGGGCGCGAGGGAUUUAGGUCUGUAAACAUCCUAUGGAAUUUGCCUUCAGUUAACAUCGACUGAGUAAUUGCAAAAACUAAUCUUAGCCUUAAGAAAGACGCGAAGCAUUUGUCACCAAAAAAGAACCGAAAAAAGGAAUUUGAUGACAUAUGUAAAAUUCGAGUCCCAAUCAGUAGAGCUACAGAUGCUCUGAAAAAAAGAGCUACGGACGUAAUUUUUUUUCUACAUCGUUUUUAUUUUCUACAAAAAAAAGGCUAAGGAAGGAUUGCAAUCCAAAGCACUAGUUCCAAAGACGUUUCAGUCCACCUCUGUCGUCUAAUGUUAUUCUCGUCUCAUUUCAAUAGCUCACCGAGAAGUCUCUUUACCCACCGGAUGGUUUUAAACUCGGAGUCACACGCGGGAGUAACGAGGAAGCAUACUUCAAAAAUCACGUCAAAUACUUUUUCAGGAAGAUUUACCACGUUAACUUAAAAAUACAUCUGGUGGAUGGUUUUCAGGCAGGGAUACAGCAGCUUACAAACGAGUAUGUUUUAAGUAAAUUAUCAUCUUCGUAUGCAGUCAUGUUUCUUGAACUUUUUAGAUCCGAGGGCUGGAUAUUCAAAACCAGACAACUUCUCAUCGUGGUAGUUUGACAAAUAACACACGCACAAUCAAUGAGUCCGCCACACAGCCAAUGAGUUGUUACUCAAUUAAACAAGACAGUGAGUCAGUCCGUAAAUUGAUCCGCAGCCAUUUAGUCAAUCAGUAAUGCAGCUUGUCGUGCGGUCCAUGAGUUUGUUUGCUAAUCAGUUAGAACUUGAUCAUUAAUUCAUUCAAUUAUUUCUGCAAUCAGUCAGUAAGUCAGUCAGGGUCAGCCAAUCAGUUGAUUGGUCUGUCAGACAGUAAGCCAGUAAGACAGUUUGACAGGCAGAGAAGCAGGCAGUUCAUCACUAAUUAUGAUUUGAAAUAAGCUGCUCGUCAGUAAAGAAUUUACUUAGUUCUACUAAUUGCUGUCCGCAAUAUUUUCUAUCUCAGCGAGCUGGAUGGACUUGUGGGUGACUACUUGUCUUUGAAGCAAGCUGGAAACAAUGAUGCGAACUGCAGAUACAGCCUCGCUGGGGAAAACUUCUACAAC